GAUAUGACGGUUUGCAACACGCCCUUUCGAGGGUCAUAUGUAUAUAAAACAAAGUGACUUAAUUAUUACCACCUGUCUGUCUGUCUAUAUAAUUACUCUAUAUAUCUCUUCGCCAUCCAUUUAAUAUCUGAUCUCAUACUUUAAUUCAAUUCAGACAAAUCAUUGAUGACUUCUGAUACUGGUAAUGAGAACUGUAUUGGGUGGGCAGCAAGAGAUCCUUCCGGAUGUCUAUCACCUUACAAAUUCAACCGCAGGGAUGUCCUGGUUGACGAUGUUUCACUAACCAUCACCCACUGUGGAGUCUGUUAUGCGGAUGUUGCAUGGACAAGGAAUAUACAAGGGCACUCCAAGUAUCCUCUGGUUCCUGGUCAUGAGAUUGUUGGAAUUGUCAAAGAGGUUGGUUCAAAUGUUCAACGCUUCAAGAUUGGCGAUCAUGUUGGAGUAGGCACCUAUGUCAAUUCUUGUAGAGAGUGCGAGUAUUGUGAUGAUGGGCUUGAAGUCCAGUGCUUAAAUGGAGCUGUACUCACAUUUGAUGGAAUCGACACUGAUGGCACAAUAACGAAAGGAGGAUAUUCAUCAUAUGUUGUUGUUCACGAAAGAUACUGCCAUAGAAUACCAGGAAACUACCCAUUAGCUUCUGCAGCUCCUUUGCUAUGUGCUGGAAUCACUGUAUGGACACCGAUGAUACACCAUAAAAUGAACCAGCCUGGUAAAUCUUUAGGUGUUAUCGGGCUUGGUGGUCUUGGACACAUGGCCGUGAAGUUUGGGAAAUCAUUUGGACUAAAGGUAACGGUUUUCAGCACUAGUUUGUCUAAAAGACAUGAAGCAUUGAAUUUGUUGGAAGCAGACAAUUUUAUCAUCUCGACCAAUGAACAGGAGAUGAAGGCAAUGGAAAAAUCUUUUGACUUCCUUAUUAAUACGUCUUCUGCUGAUAUUCCGUUUGAUCAGUACCUAUCAUUGCUGAAGAGUGGAGGUACACUAGCUUUGGUGGGUUUCCCACGUGAAGUGAAGUUCAAUCCAGGAAGCCUUAUUCUAGGCAUGAGAAACAUAUCGGGAAGUGUAACAGGCGGUACAAAACAGACUCAGGCAAUGUUGGACUAUUGUGCAGCCCAUCAGAUCUACCCAAAUAUUGAUAUUAUUCCUAUUCAGUAUGCAAACGAGGCUCUUGAGAGGUUAAUUAAGAAGGAUGUCAAGUAUCGUUUUGUGAUUGAUAUUGCAAACUCCCUAAAGUAAGAUGAUGCCAAAACUACGCAUACUUUAGUGUGAUAUACAUUUUACCAUAUAUUUGUAGUUCAUUUUCCAAACUGAAAUAAAAUAGCACCUGAAACGGCUGAAAGUUACCAUCA